AUGCAAUCUUCUACAGCUAUUGGAAGGAUGUUGUAUUCUAGGUUUGCUUUGGCAAGUCUUUUAGCACUUGCAUUGGUGAUGGUCACUGUCUUUGGAGAUGUUCAAGGUCGUUCCAUUCGUCGUGGUCGAGUUGGUCCAGUUACCAUUAAGAGAUGUCAAUCUUUGGGUGAUCCUCACUUCACGACCCUCAAUGGACUUCAAUAUGAUUUCCAAGGUCUUGGUGACUAUGUCUUUGCCAAGACUCGUGACGGUAAAUUCACUGUCCACACUAGAACAGGACGUUGGGGAGCAGGUGCUUCUGUGAACGUUAAUGCUGCAGUGGAUCUCGGUAAUGAUCGUACUUUUGAAUAUGAUGUUGAACAAGAUGUCUUUUAUGUCGAUGGUGAAAAGACUGAAAUUAAGGUUGGACAAAAAUUCAAAUUAGGAUCAGGUACUGUUGAACGAGUUGGUCAAACUGCUGCCAUUGUUACUUCCAAGAAUGGUGCUCGUAUGACCAUGAAUUGGUACAGACAUCCACAAUGGAAGCACCAACUUGGAUCCAGCGGAUACAUCUCUUUGGUGAUCGAUAUGCCAUCCAAUGUUGAAGUCUCCCAAGGAUUGUGCUUGACUCAAACUCACAGCAAUUUACAAGCUAGAGGUAUUCUCCACAAUCAUAAGGCUAGAAAGAUUGUUCGUUUCACUGAUCCAAAGAAGAUCACUGCUAGAAGAAAGAAGUGGGCUAAGAAGGUCUGUACUAAGGCUGGUUUGAGCCACAAGAAGAAUCCAAACGCUUUCAGAGCUUGUGUGUUGGACACUAUUCAAUCUGGAAAGAAGAUUGGUAAGACCAUUGCCAAGAACAUUAAGAAGAUUAAGAAGCUUGAAAAGAAGGGUAAUAAGAAGUAUUUGAGAGCCUUGAAGCAAAAGUUGGAUAAGGAAGUUUCUGAUGUCAUUAGAAAGAAGGAAAUUGAAAUCUCCAAAUUGCAAAAGAUUGCCAAGGAAGUGAGAGCAUCCUCCGAAAUCAAGAAGAAGAAGUGCAUUGCCAAGAACAACAAGAAAGCUGAAGAUGCUGAACAUGAUGUCAAGAAGGCUCAACAAAAACUUGUUGAACUCACUUUGAGAAUGAAGAGAAGAGCUUUACGUAUCUUGAAGAAGGCUGCUAGAAAGGCUAGAAAGUUGGCACAAAAGGCCCGUCGUUUGGCUAGAAUUGCCAAGAGAAAGGCUACUCGUAAGGCUAUCCGUGCUGCUAGAAAAGCCAAGAGAUUGGCCAAGCAAGCUCAAAGACGUGCUCGAAGACUCGCCAGAAAGGAACGUGCUUUGGCAAGAAAGGCUAAACGUGCUGCUAGACGUGCUGCCAAAAAGGCUGCAUGGAAGAAGGCCAAGCAAGAACGUGCUGCUAGACGUGCUGCAAGAAAAGCUAGACGUGCUGCAUUGAAGGCUGCUAGAAAGGCAAGACGUGCUGCAAAGAAGGCAAAAAAGACUGGUACUAGACGUGCUAGAAAAUCAGCAAGACGUGCCAAGAGAGCUGCUCGUAAGGCUGCUUUGAAGGCAAAGAGAGCUCAAAAGAAGCUUGAAAGAGAGAAGAGACGUGCUGCUAGACGUGCAAAGAGAGCUGCUCGCAAGGCAAGAAGAGAAAGAAGAAGACAAUGUCUCCGUAUUGCAUAA